AUAGAUGACAGUAUCAUUAGUUAAGUAUUAUGCCUUUGGUUUCUUAGUAGAUGGCGUUGAAGCUGAAGGAAAUGAGAUAGCAAUGCGAUUAGAGCAGCGUAGAGAGUGUGAAUUUUCAGGUAUGAAUGCGGCUCCUGUGAAGGUAUUAUUUCUCCGCUCACUCCCCGACUCAAGUGGUGGCCCCGAAUCCAAAUCUCACCACACAAUAGAUGAGCGCGAAGCCGAACAGAUAAUCCUAUAUCAAGAGAUCAGGGAAUCUUCACAGUAUCGUCCAAGUAUCACCAGAUGUCAGUGUGUUUGCAAUGUAAGUGAAAUGAAACAAAGUAGGUGGAGCCAAAAGAGUUGUGAGAUGCUGGAAAUCGGGCGUCGGAUGCUACAGAUUUUAGUCAUUUACACAGAAAAUGUGAAUGAGACAUAAAGAGACUUAUUAAAGUUAAAAUACAUUUUCUUGCGAUUACAAUUGAAAUUGUAGUAAGAAAACAUUUUAUUAUUAAAAUGCAAAGCGAUA